AUGUUCUGCUACAGGUUUACCCAAGGUCUUCACCUUCGUCAGAUUGACCUGAUUCAAGAGGGCAUAACUGGCAGCUCUGCAACUCUGUCAAAAUUUGCGGACAAGCUAAGAAGAGUCUGCAAAUCUGCAAUGAAAAGGAUAAGAAGGAGAGGCAAGCAGGUGGUCGGGAAUAGAGGGGAACUAGUCUUGAUCGAUGAAAGCAAAUUCGGCCAUAAAAGAAAGUAUAACAGAGGACGGGCCAGUAACCGAAGUUCGUGGGUCUUUGGGAUGCUAGGGGUCAAGGGUGAUAGAAGGAGACCCAUACUGAAGAUUGUGCAUCGCCGGUCAGCAGCUCAUCUUGUGCCACUGAUAAAGAAGCACAUUCGGCAGGGAAGCGCAGUCGUUUCAGAUGGAUGGCGUUCAUACCACCACCUUCGGGAUGAAGGCUAUAAUCAUCUGACUGUCAACCAUCAGGAAAACUUUGUGGACCCCAUUACAGGUGCCCAUACACAGAAUCUGGAACGGCUUUGGGGUACUUGCAAGUCAACUGUAUGGCGCUUAAGAGGGAACCGAACAGAACAGAUGUUGAGAGCCCACCUUGAUGUGAUGGAGUGGACCCACUGGCGUGGAAACCAUCAUAGGGAUGGACCACUAGGGAUGCUGUUACAUGACAUAAAGAAAAAAUAUCCUCUGUAAUUUAAAAAAAAAAAAUUCCCACAUUUCUGUGGU